UCAGAUAAACUGUUCAGUAAAUUUAUUUUCCCACACACGCACUUGCAGUACAUUUAAUGCUGAUCUUUGUCUCUUCCCCGUAGGAUUCUUUAAAAGGCCAUCCAAAGACCCCGACCAACUUAGCCACUCCUGACUGGGACUUAAGUCACAUAUUCCGUGCUGCUUCACAAUCCAAACAGCAACUCCCUUCCAGCAGACAAGAGUUCAAACAUUCCUCGGGUGGUGACAGGUGGAUUGGUCACAGAGCCAGCCCUGAGCAAGAAGCUGAAGAAAUGGAGAAUCACUAUGAGGAAGAGCCUGUAUCUAAAUUUUCGGCAAACGUAUUUGAAACAGAAGAAGGUAUUCACCGCAGCAGUCGUCCGAGGACUUCCCCGUCCCAUAAUCACAGGCAGUGCAAGCUGUUGUGUAGUUCAGGCAACAACGGUCAGGAUGUCUGUAACUUGCCCGACGACGCUUGCGAAAAGAGUAGGUGUGCAAAUGGAGGCCAAGCAACACUUUAUAUAUCCACUGGAUUCAAAGGAACUUGGACGAAGGUCAGUAUUACUGUGUGCAGUCAGAUGGGAAGUCUGGGAAUCAGCAUAGCCGGAGGAAAAGGAUCGACUCCAUAUAAAAUCAAUGAUGAAGGAAUCUUCAUUUCCAAAGUUGCAAAGGGUGGUCCUGCUGAUCUGGCUGGUUUACGAGUUGGAGACAUGGUGCUGGAGGUCAACGGAAUAAGUUUGCAAGAUGUUACUCACCGUGAAGCAGUGAAUACCCUGAGGAAUUCUGGCACUGUGAUUAAGAUACUGAUUUUGAGGAACAGGGCAGCGACCACUGACACCACAGUCACCUCCAGCUCAAGGACCAGUGAAUCAUACACCACCCAUUAUGAUUGGAGUGAACAUCCCAACAAUGAGUGGCUGGAUACAGAGGGUGUUUUCCUUGAAAAGAGCACAUGUAAUGGAAAUAACUUGGGAUCUGUGACCUCAGCAAAUCGCACGGUUAACUCUUCUCGUGGGACAUCGCAAAAGUGCACCUCAUUCUGUAUCGUGAACCAUACCAUGCCAGAUCCUUUAAUUGAAGAGAAGAAAGCCCAGUGUUCUGUGAUGAAGUCAGUGGUUCGCAUUAAUCAAACAGCCAAGCCUUUGGCCUUCACGUUUGUGCCAACCAUUCGAAGACUUCCUGCUCACAUUCAGAUAAUGGAUGCCAGAUUCUUGCAUCAGCCUGGCAAGCAGCAAAACCCUGUGAGCAGUUCUUCAGUCAUGAAUGAGUUCCUUUUCGAGCCUGGAAGCCUUAGACAGCAGUCUGAGGAACUGUACGCCACUAUUGAACAAGUACUGGCGGAUCCAUUGCCAUCGACUGCCAAUGCAACAGAGAAACCGAACAAAGAGCUGCUUCAGAUGAAAGUCACCAAGCGAGGAUCUGGGAGAUCGGUGGCGGAUUAUGCCGGCAGUGCCCAGGAAACCCUGGAGAUCUUGGAAGAAGAACAAGAGCAAGCCGUCAAAUGA